AAACGGAUCCAGGGAACUGCGUGACACCGGCCAGAAUUAAUUCCGCAGUCAACAAAGGACCCGGCAUGUCCGAUUACGAUUCCGGCAUUUUCCUAGUUUUCCACCUUUAGUGAAAGACUCGGUAUAAAAAAACUUACUACUCGCGUAUAUAUAGGGUGAUAGAGAAGUGAAUCAAAGGACAAUGGGGUGCAACACCAGCAAGGAAACCGCAUUGAAAACCGGCGAAAAUGAGGGAAAUAGUGCCGACAAUGAGGUGAAAAGUGAGGAUAAGAAGGAGCAACAGGAGGGUGGGGGUGAAAAUUCAACAGAGUUAACAAGUCCGGAUUCGAGAGCAUCCUCGGCGAAAACUGUCACACUCAAAGCCAACGGAUCAGCUGUAACGGAAGAGAGAGAAAAAGAGAGUCACACCAAACCAAGAAUUGAGGAGGAAGCGGCAACAAAGAUACAAGCAGUUUUUCGAGGACACAAAACGAGACAGAGCAUGAAACAGCCACAAGCCCAACCCACUGAGAGUAAGGAGCCCACGCGUGAGGAGUUGGAAAACGAAUUUAGGCUGGAUGACGCAGAGCUGUGCCAUGCGGCCACAAAGAUCCAGGCGUCGUUCCGGGGGCAUAUGAGCAGGAAAACUAUGGAAAACGACGGGAAAAAGGGCGAGGGGUCUAAGGAGAACAAAGAGGAGGAGCUGGACAUUGACUUGACAGAUCCGGACUUGAACAAGGCCGCGUCCAAGAUCCAGGCCUCGUUCCGGGGUCACAUGAUGAACCGCAAGGACGACAACGGAGCUGCGUCCUCGAAUUAAAAUUAAAAAAAAAAAAGCCUCGAACGCAGCUUUUUCCAGAAUUUUCGAGAAAACGCGUGUUCAAUUAAAUAAGUCACACAUUGUAAUUGAGUUUUAGGUACCUCAGACGUGAUCUCUUGUAAUCCGGUAACCCUGAGCAAUUUUUUCUAUAUAUACAUACAUAUAUAUAUAUAUAUAUAACUAAGCCCUCCCUUCCCUUCCCCCUCCCCCCCUCCGUCACCCCCCGUCUCCUUUUUACUCAAAUAUGAUUUUUACGAGACCCAGUUGUACUUCGGGUGGCAACAACGCCAGCGGCGCUUUGUGCUGCGUGCGCAUAGCGGCGUUGCCAAGUCGGUUUUUAGUUAAAAAAACUGUAUAUUUAAAGUGAUACGACUUACGUCAAUUUAUGCCAAAAUUCUGGGUCUUUUUUUUGUUUUUUUGGAUUUUAACUGGAAAAAAUUCAAUUUUUUUUUCGGUUAAAAUUCGCUCCUCUAAAGUGGUUUUUAAAAUUUGCACCCUACUUGAACGGUAAAGUUUUACCUAAAAACGUGUUAGUUUCGGCCAAAAUCCGUAUAAAAUACCAACUAUGGUACUAUGUAAGAUUAGACGAGCAUUAGAGAGUAUUAUUAUGACGUGAAGUGUAUGAAUUUGAGGUUAAGUCAUUAUUUAAGUGCGGUCCUGUCCCGUCGUAUUUUGUGGCGCAUGCGCAGCAAAAAUUGCGCGCAAUCUUUGCGGCGCAGACUAAAUUGCGCACCAAGAAUCCACGCGAUCAAUAAGACGAGAUUGUCAGAAAUAAAUUUAAAAAAAAAUAGUGAGGUUAAGUCACUAAUUUUGACAAUUAAAUACAAAAGUCUGGCUCUGUUUUUCCAUAUUUCGUGACAUAUAAACAGCCGAAAUUGCGCAAUCUAGUUGCGACGCAGACUGUAUUGCGCAACAGAAUGUUCCACGUGAAUAAUGGGUGUGGUCUUUACUAAACUCAUUGUUUUUGUUUUUUAAAUUGUAAGCAAAGAUGGCGACCAUUGCGCAAAUUCUGUCACUUGUAUGCAAGAAAAUUCAUAACUUACAAUAAACCAGACAAAACGGUUCUAUAAGAGCAUCUGCGCUCCUACAACUAAAGUUGCGUAAUCUGCUGGCUGCAUAGAUGAAGUUGCGCAACGAAAGUGCGACGCGAGUACUUAAAAACUGCAAUUUCCAAUGAGAACUGACGUGCUCUUAAUGCGCAUGCUGCUUUGGUUGCGCAACAUCUCCGCCCCCUAACGGUGGUAAAUUGAACUUCUGUAGAAGCGAAACGGUUUUCCGAUUAAUUUUUACCGAUUGACUUAACUUCAAAGGCAUUUGCUUGCGUCAAAAGAAAAAAUAUAACAAAGAAAUAUACGAGAGCACAUUGUUAAAAAUUGCACCCUAUUUGAUGCUUAUUGUAUUUAAAUGACAUGUACAAUUGUUGGCGAGUUUUUAGUUGUUAAGCUUUUUAUGACGUCAUGCGUCAAACCUACUACCAACCUGACAGAUGUGUUGUUUCUAACAGUUUGUAUUAGUUUUCGCGUUUAAGCGGAAGACAGUCCUAUAGAGGGCGCUCCAAAUGAACUCCGCACUGUUUGACAGUUGACAGUGGCCUGUUUUCUCAUUUAAGACAAAUGUCAUACGUUAGUUUUGACAAAUGACAGUGACAACUGAUUGUCUUUCUUGAUUGUUUCUAUUCCCUCAUUCAAGUUCCUUUUCUAUGUUCUUGCAUUGACUCACUUAAAUAAGUUUUUUUCAUUGUUUUGCUCUCAAAAGUGUGUUCUUCAAGGCUCUUUUAGAGACUUGUCAAACGUCAAUUUUCACUGUUGACAGUGACAGUCAAGUCUCUCUUUGGUGCUUGUCCAAGAAGGCCGGAGAAAGAAAAGGUAUUGUUCCCGUGGUAAAUCUAUUCUCGGACGUUUGCGCAGUAGCGCAAUGCGCAACGCAAAUGGCAAUAAAAUUCAACACGUAAAUAAGCGCGAUACAUACGGACGGAAAACAUGUGAGAGCGGGAGUGACAGAAAAACGAGCGAGGGAAAGAGAUAAACGAUGAGAUCCGUGAGAGAGUGGGGAAAAGUACAUGGGGUAAACAGAGGAGACAUCUCUCCUCCCUCCAGUCUUCUUGUGCUUGUCCAUACAUCAGUUUUGACAGUUGGUAGUGACAGCUGAUUGUUUCUGUUUGUUACUUUUCGUACGUCAGUUUUGACAGUGACAAUUGAUUGUUUCUAUUCCCUCAUUUUAGUUUCUUUCCAGCGUUCUUGGAUAGAACUCACCUUAAUAGAUUUUAUCUUGUUUUUCAGUGUUUUGCUUUCAAAAGUGUGUUCUUCAAGGGUCUUUUAGAGACUUGUCAAACGUCAAUUUUCACAGUUGAGAGUGACAGUUAAGUCUCUCUUUGGUGCUUGUCCAAGAAGACCGGAGAGAGGAGAGAUACUGUUCCCGUGCUAAAAGCUAUUCUCGGACGUUUGCGCAGUAGUGCAAUGCGCAACGCAAAUAAAAAUAAAAAACAACACGGAAAUAAGCGCGAAACAUGCGGACGGAAAACAUGUGAGAGCGGGAGUGACAGAAAAACGAGAGAGAGAAAGAGACAAACGAUGAGAUCCGUAAGAGAGUGGGGAAAAGUACAUGGGGUAAACAGAGGAGAUAUCUCUUCUCCCUCCAGUCUUCUUGUGAUUGUCUGUUUUCUUAUUCAAGGCAAGUGUCAUACGUCAGUUUGCAUAGUGACAGUUGACAAGUUUCUCUUUAACAUUCUCACACGUCAGUUUUGACAGCUGACAGUGACAGUUGACCGAUUCUGCACCCUCAGUCAAGUUUCUUUUCAAACUUUUUAAGUUCAACUCACAUAAACAAAUUUCAUUUUGUUUUUCUCUCAAAAGGGUUCUCGUUCGAGCCUUUGUAGGUAAUAUGUCAUACGUCAGUUUUGACAGUUGAUUGUAUCUUUUCAAUGUUCUUGGGUUGUCAUUCAUCACUACCUUCCUCUUGUCAUAUGUCAAUUUUGACAGUUUCUGAUGACAGUUAAAGUUUUUCUUUGACACUUGUUUCACGUCAGGUUGAUUCUUCCUUUUCCCUCUGUUUGCUCUUAAAAGGAGGUAACUCUUAUAGGCGUGGUUUGACACGACUAUGAAUACCAGUUCUAAACAUAAAACUGGCAACAGUGAUCUAAAUUACAUUGACAACUAUGACAUUUAGUCAAUCGAGUCAACGAUCGUCGUCAAAGUAAGUUUCUCGAUUCUUCUUGGGUCUCUCGCUCAUUACUCUCAUUGCUACUAACGUCUAUGUUUCUUGAGGGACAAUAUAUCAUAUCAUAGAUGAUAUGUCAGUUGACAUUUAUCUACCUUUAACGAGUUUCAAGUAGGGAAAAUGUCAACUGUCAUCUUUAAGGUUAGAUGUCACUUCAACUUUUAAGACUCUCGUCAAGAACUUUUCUGGCUUGUUUAGAGUUAAGUCUGUUAUUCGUGAAGUACGACAUUUGCCCACAUUCUCCAAUUUUAACGAAAGUUAAGACACUUAUUUUGACAAUUAAAGGCAAAGGUCCGGCUCUGUUUUUUUCAUAUCUCAAGGCAUAUAAGCAGCCGAAGUUGCGCAAUCUCGUUGCGACGCAGACAAAGCAAUAGAAAUUCCACGUGACCAACAGGGAGUGGUCAUCUCCUGUCUUUACUAAACUCCUUGUUUUCGUUUUUUAAAUUCUAAGCAAAGAUGGCGACCAUUGAGCAAAUUCUAUCGAUUUUAAGCAAAAAGUUCAUAACCUACAGGAAACCAGGGGAUCUAUAAGAGCGUCUGCGCACGUACGACUAAAGUUGCGCAAUCUGCUGGCUGCAUAGUUGAAGUUGCGCAAAGAAAGUGCGACCCAAGCACGCGCGCCGUUUUUACGCUUUAGUGGCGCUUUUUUCCGAUAAAAGAAAAAAAAUCCUGGAAAACAUAAUUUAUGAAAAACUGCAAUUUCCAAUGAGAAAGGACGUGAUCACAUUAAAUAUGGUUUAAAGCGCAUGCCGCUUGCGUUUGCGCAACAUUUCCGCCCCCUAACGGUGGUAAAUUAAACUUCUGUAGAAGCGAAACGGUUUUGCAAUUACUUUUCACAGUUGACAGUGACAGUUAAGUCUCUCUUUGGUGCUUGUCCAAGAAGACCGGAGAGAGGAGAGGUAUUGUUCCCGUGGUAAAAGCUAUUCUCGGACGUUUGCGCUGUAACGUGAUGCGCAACGCAAAUGGAAAUAAAAAAUCAACACGUGAAUAAGCGCGAAACAUGCGGACGGAAAACAUGUGAGAGCGGGAGUGACAGAAAAACGAGCGAGGGAAAGAGACAAACGAUGAGAUCCGUGAGAGAGUGGGGAAAAGUACAUGGGGUAAACAGAGGAGAUAUCUCUCCACCCUUCAGUCUUCUUGUGCUUGUUUAUACAUCAGUUUUGACAGUUGGUAGUGACAGCUGAUGUUUUUGUUUGUUACUUACGUCAGUUUUGACAGUGACAAUUGAUUGUUUCUAUUCCCUUAUUUAAGUUUCUUUUCAGUGUUCUUGGAUAGAACUCACCUUAAUAGAUUUUAUUUUUUUUUUCAGUGUUUUGCUCUCAAAAGUGUGUUCUUCUUCAUUGGAAGUCUUCAUUGGAAGCUUGUCAUAAGUCAAUUUUGACAGUUCUUAGUGACCAUGGAUUAUCUGUUUUCUUAUUCAAGGCAAGUGUCAUACGUCAGUUUGCAUAGUGACAGUUGACUUUAACAAGAGUUUCUCUUUAACACUUCUCACACGUCAGUUUUGACAGCUGACAGUGACAGUUGACCGAUUCAGCUCCCUCAGUUAAGUUUAUUUCAAAGUUUUUAAGUUCAACUCACAUAAACAGUUUUGACAGCUGACAGUGACAGUUGACCGAUUCUGCUCCCUCAGUCAAGUUUUUUUUCCAAGUUUUUAAAUUCAACUCACAUAAACAGAAUUCAUUUUGUUUUUCUGUCAAAAGUGUUCUCGUUCAAGCCUUCGUAGGUAACUUAUCAUACGUCAGUUUUGACAUUGACUGUAUCUUUUCAAUGUUCUUGAGUUGUCAUUCACCACUACAUUCCUCUUGUCAUAUGUCAAUUUUGACAGUUUCUGAUGACAGUUAAAGUUUUUCUUUGACACUUGUUUCACGUCAGGUUGAUUUUUCCUUUUACCUCUGUUUGCUCUUAAAAGGAGGUAAUUCUUAUAGGCGUGGUUUGACACGACUACGAAUACCAGUUCAACAUAAAACUGGCAACAGUGAUCUAAAUUACAUUGACAGAUAUGACAACUAUGACAUUUAGUCAAUCGAGUCAACGAUCGUCGUCAAAGUAAGUUUCUCGAUUCUUCUUGGGUCCCUCGCUCAUUACUCUCAUUGCUACUAACGUCUAUGUUUCUUGAGGGACAAUAUGCUAUAUCAUAGAUAAUACGUCAGUUGACAUAUAUCUACAUUUAAAGAUUUUCAAAUACGGAAAAUGUCAUAUGUCAUAUGUCAUACGUCACAAAUCUUUAAGGUCAGACUUCACUCUAACAUUUAAGAAUCUCAUCAAUAACUUUUCUGGCUUGCUUAGAGUCAAGUCUGUCAUUCGUGACGUACGACAUUUACCCAUAUUCUUCAAUUUUAACGACAUCCGGUGGAACUGUCAUACGUCAUAAACCUCUAGUGUCAGAAGUCAAUCUACUUAACCAGUACUCGUGACAUCUUCUUGAUAAUUAGGACAUUUGACAAAUGACAUUUAAACGCCAUGAAAUCACUUUUAUCGAUUGAAAUACUCGCUUCUUAUUGGUUGUAAUACCUUAACCAUUAAGAAGCCAGCUUUACAACCAAUAAAAACAAUUUCACGUCAUAGGGAUUAAAAUCGCAGAAAGCGCGUACAUGUUAACUGUCAUAUGUCAUACGUCUACGCGUGGCAGGGCAUGUAAUGGGCGAGUGACACAAGAUGGCCUCACUAAUUGUCAUUGUUGUCAUAUAUGUCACCGUUGUCUAUGGCAAAAUAUGGUACCAGAACGAUUCUUGACGUUUGACAACUGAAAUACUGGCUUUCUGUUGGUUGUAAUACCCUGGCCAAUGACAAACUAGUAUUUCAGUCAAUACGGACAAAUUUAGACAAAGAAAACGCCAUUAAUUUUUGCUCCAAUGCGUCUUUCAUCUCCUUUUAACAUUAAGGCGGGCCAAUACAUUUUCAGAGGUCCUUGUUACACCCACUGUUAUUUUCCUAGUGGUGUUCCUAUAAAAUAGAGAUGAGUAGAGUCUAGGAUCUCAAUUAUAUUUGCCUCUUGCAAGAGAGAUCUUUCUUUUGCAUACACUCUCCUAGAUUUCUUACUACAAUUGCAAAGGAUUGAAUGGAUAUCUGGAGUUCUUAACGGAAUUUUGUCCUGGAAUGCUGUUUGGUUCCUCGGAAUCGGUUAAGGGAAAGCGAUUUCGAAGGUGAGAGUACUCAUAAGGUUCCCGAAUGGACUCUGAGUCAAAAUAUUCUCGAGAAGAGUUUUCCUACCUGCUGGAGGCCAUUAUUUAGGAUUUUCUGCUGUCAAAUUGUACUCAGGACGUUCAGGAGCAAAAGGAACGUUGUUCUGAUUCACUCACUCAUGAGGAAUUCUUUGGAUAUUCAGGCAGUCAGAACAACAGUAGAUCAGAGUUCAUUUGGACCCUCCUGUGUAGAGUUUUAAUUUUCUCUUUUUUAUCGAGGCUUGAGGACCACUCAUUGACCUCGAAACAUUGACUAUUUAUCAAAUUAAAAGUGUUCUAUAUCACGUUUUUGUUAUGUAAGCUAUAUGAAAGAAGAAUCGCUUGCAAACUUAUAGAAACCGAUAUUUCCAGAAUAUAGUACCAUAAAAAUACAA